AUGUUGUUUCAGCAACCUUUACAGCAACCUCCACCUAAAAACUCAGAUGACAAAUGGAGGCAAAAGCCCAUUCAUACCCUAGAACAUUACGAUGGCCUAAGGGAAAGCAAGGAGCAGGACCCCAACGCAGCCUCCCUCCUGGACAUCUUCAGUUACUGGCUGAAGUCUCCAGCGGCCAAGAAGAGAAAGCUCGUUCCCAACGGCCCCCAGGCGAAGAGGAAGCCGUCCUCCAGCAGCGAUGACAGCUCCAGCGAGGAGGACGAGACGCCGCCGGCCAAGAAGCCAGCUAAAGCAGCAGCUGUGCCCAAGGCAAAAGCAGUUCCUCCAGCCAGGAAGGCACAGAGCAGCAGCGAGGACUCCAGUGAUGAUUCAGACUCAGAGGAGGAGAGGAAGCCAGUAAAGAAAGGUGCAAAACCCAUGGUGAAGCCAGCUGGAACCAAAAUCCAGUCUCAGAAGAAAGCAGAGAGUUCCAGCUCUGAGUCAAGCAGCUCAGAUGAAGAAGCACCAAAGAAGCAGCCACCAAAACCAGCAACACCUAAACCAGGAAGUAAACCUGCCCGGGCAGCCACUAAGGUGGUCAAUGGAAAAGCAGCAAGCAGUAGCAGCAGUAGUGAAGAUUCUGAUGAGGAAAAGGCUGCACCGAAGAAGGCUGUUCCCAAAAAAACACCUUUGCCGAAACCUGCAGCCACUCAAGCAUGUCCAGGGAAGAACAAACGUGCCAAGGAAAGUUCCAGUAGUGAGGACUCAUCUGACAGCUCAGACGAUGAAAAGCCACCUGCAAAACAAAAACUGAAGUCUGGUCAGUACAGUGCUGUACCACCUCCUCAAGCUACGCAGACAAAGAAGGGCCCUGCCAAGGCUCCUGCAAAAAAGGCUGAGAGCAGUGACUCUUCAGACAGUAGUGAUGAGGCAGAGCAGGUGCCCCCAAAGGGAGGAGCAGGCAAAGCAGUAGUAUCUAAAACAAUCCCUGGCCCCCAAAACAAAACUGUGACUACCAAGAAGGCUGAAUGCAAUUCUGACAGUGACUCAGAUUCCAGCUCUGAAGAUGCCAAGAAGAAGGUAGGGAGUAAGCUCCCAGCUAAACAACCUGUGAUAAAGAAUACUUCCAAACCAGCAAAAGUAGCUGUCAAGCCUGGACAAGCAAAGAAGGACUCCAGUUCCUCCUCAGACAGCUCAGAUCCUGAUAGCUCUGACAAGAAGGCCCCUGUGAAGCCCACAACUAAAGGAGCAACCCCUGCAACAAAGAAGUCACAAGCUGCCACAAAGAAAGCACAAAGUAGCUCCGAUUCAGAUAGCAGCUCCAGCAGCUCUGAGGAUAAGAAGAAGAAAAAAGGCAUUCCAGCUAAAUUAGUUGGCAGAGUGGGUAAGCCGGUGUCCAAACCUUCUGCCCCAGCUCCCAAAGCAGGCACUUCUGACUCUGAUAGCUCGAGCAGUGAAGAAGAAAAGAAACCAGCAGUGAAACCAGCCACCAAAUCUACAGGGGCAGCAAAAGCAACUGUGGGGAAGAAGGCAGCUGCUUCUACUAGUAGUAGCACCUCAUCUGAUAGUUCCAGCGAAGAGGAUGAGAAGCCCAAAAAGGCAGGGAAAGGGGCACAGAACAGUUCUAAGACCACUGCCACCACAGAGAAAGCAAAAGCAUCCACACCAGUAGCAAACAACCUGAAGUCUAAGCCAGCUGAUGGCAGCAGUAGCAGCAGUGAAAGCAGCUCUGAAGAAGAGACUGGAAAAGUCAAUGGAGGCACAAUCGGGAAGAAACAGAAGAGGGAAGGUGUUCAGGAGCCAGAGACACCACACAGUAAAAAGGCAAAGAUCAAAGCCAAAACACCACACACAGUUCCCAAGGUGAAACAGCCAGCCUCUCCAUUCCGCCGCGUAAGGGAAGAAGAGAUUGAGCUGGAUGCCCGUGUUGCUGAUAACUCGUUUGAAGCAAAGAAAGGAGCAGCUGGUGACUGGGGUGAGAAGGCUAACAAUAUCCUGAAAUUCACUAAAGGCAAAUCUUUCCGCCAUGAGAAGACAAAGAAAAAACGAGGCAGCUACCGUGGGGGCACUAUAUCGACCCAAGUCAAUUCUGUCAAGUUUGAAAGUGACUGAGAAUGUUCCUUUGAAAUUCAUAAACCAUCUGCUCACCAGAAUGGCUCGGAUGGGCAUGUGGACACUAUGGAUGUCAAGCCUGCCUGGACUGCUACCUCCCCUAGCUCAUUGCGGGGCAGGCAGCUCCAGCGUGGGGAUGUGGGCAAAUGGUUGGAUGUUUCCCCCUUUUAUUUCUAAUUCUGGUUUAGGCCCCUAAUUUGGAACCAUCCUUUAGCUGGUGUUAUUGGCACCACUAGGGUGAUCUCCAAGACUUAUAUUUUCUAUGGUCUUAUUUUAAAAGGCUGGCAGUGAUUUUUUUCAUUUUGGUUUCCUGCCCAUCUAGUAGAAGAAGGAUAAAUCACUUUACUGUAUCUUAACCUCCCACUUUUUCAGCCAGUUUAACUGGGAUACCUGUGAAAUGGCAAGAGUUGUAACGUGCCUUUGGCUAGUUACUGUAAGAGCAACAACUGAUUUGAACCCUCUGGCUGUAAUCCCCACCCCCAUCUGACAUUUCAAGUUCACAGUUGCAGUGUGACAGGGUUCCUCUUCUGUUUCCUUCUUUUAUGGUUUCACCUUGCAAUAAAUUCCUACCUUCCUCUUCCUUCCACUCCUGUUGAGGCCAUUAACCAGAGUACUUAGAGAAGCAGAGUCUAAAUACACCUUAGUAGCUGAGUAGCUGUAUUGCUUGCAGUUGCAAGUUGGGGGGCUAUUGUCAGAAAGGCCAAGGUCUGCAGUAGUGCUGUGGCACUCUUGGUAACACUUUCAUUGGGAAUGUAGCUGGAGAGUGGAGAUGUGCAGAAGCUCUUGACUGCAUGGAGGUUGUGAUCUUGGCUCAGUGGGAAUGGGUAAGGAGGCAGAGGAGAUAAAGCCCUCUUUUCUCCCCAGCUCUGCUUUUUGCUGUGUUUUUGUUUCAGAGGCUCUGACUGCAGUGUGGCAUUACUGCUUGUUCUCUCUGAACAUAAAACAUGCCAGCUUAUGCUUACUCCCAGCAAUGUGCUGUGCAGCUUCUUAAGAGUCGAGAUGAAUGUAUCAUUAAUGCCUUAAACUUCUUGGUUGGAUCACUUGCUCAUAGAGCUGUUUUCCAUCUGUUAAAUCCCUCUCACGAAGUAAAAUGCCAGUUUCCCCAUAGCACUAAGGCAAAGAAAGCCUGGUGCUGUGAGGUUUGAAGCGUUAGCUACAAGUACAUGUUCAGUAUGGGAAGCCUCAAACAAGUUCAGUAACUUGCAGCCUAAACUGAAAUUUCACGAGCAACUGAGACAAUAUAAUGGCUUACUGCGGUUGAGAGGAGGGCUUACUUUACCUCCAGUUGUGUUACUGCGUCCUUGUUUCUGGUGCAACUCGCAUCUGAUAGAAAAUGAUUCCCCUGACUAUUUUUUUCCCCCUGUUAGGUGGUUUAAUUUUAGUUCGUGGAGCAGUCUGCUGAGGCCACAGCCAGUAUGAAUUGAACAGUGGUAGCACGUGUUUGGGAAGCGGGGUCAUGGGCUGUGAGAACUGCUCACCCCAUCUCAUGAAACUGCCAGCCACCAAGAGAGGUUUAUGCAGCGCCGGAUUUCCAUGUUUCCAUUCCCUCCCCAAAGGGUGACAAUGAGAAGAGUCCUGUUGUUAUAGGAAGCUACAUUUGUGUGCAAAGCAGUGUCACUUAAUUGAGGGUUGGAUGAGACUUGAUGAGCCACCCCGAUAUACAUGAGCUGCAGCUUGUUCCAUCGAGCAUUUUUGAGGACUUCCCCUCUGGUUUGCACAAUCACUCUGGUGCCCGAAUUCUAGGCUACAGUGCAGAGAGGCCCAGGAGACCACGGUUAUUACAAGGAAUUAAAGGUUAGAGGCCAAAGGAAGGUGGGAAGAGAGUAUUUUCUGCCUGGGGAUUUGAACAUCAUCUUGCUUGUGGUUUCUCAUUUACCCUCUUUCUUCUGUUUAUCAGGAACUUCUAUUUGGAACUCUUGAACUUUUUAAAAACUUAG